AUGGCGGUUGGGCAGGGAUCGAGUUCAGAGUAUACUUUGGAUCAUGAUGGUAUUUUGUACUUUCACGAUCGUUACUGUGUCCCUAAAGCUGAUGAGUUAAGACGGGCUAUUCUUCAGGAGGCUAAUAGUAGUCCUUAUUUAUGCAUCCUGGCGGGGACAAAAUGUAUAAGAAUAUCAAGGAGCGUUAAUUUUGAACUGGUGCUUGAGGAUAUGUUACGAGGUUGUGUAACAGACUCUCAUGGUUUUUGGGAAGAUUUAUUAUCCUUAGUCGAGUUUGUUUACAAUAACAGUUACAUGGAAAGUAUUCGCAUGGCACCGUACGAGGCUAUGUAUAGACGUCGUUGUCGUACUCCUAUCUAUUGGACAGAGUUGCAUGAUAGAAAUAUUUUGGGUCCAGAGUUAGUUCGAGAGGCUGAGAAUAUUGUCAGAUUGAUUCAUGAUCGUCUGAUAGAAGCGUUCGAAGGAAGAAGUCAUAUGCAGAUCAGCGACGGAAGGAUAUCAAGUUGA